CUACAAGCUCCUUCACUGCAACCAUCAGCUGCUAUCUAUCUAUCUAUCUAUCUAUCUAUCUAUCUAUCUAUCUAUCUAUCUAUCUAUCUAUCUAUCUAUCUAUCUAUCUUCCUACUGCACAUGCAGAAUAGACCUUCUUCAGUACAGAAAGGAGAUCUAAACGUCUGAAGACUUUGGUGCUGAAGAACCUGAGAAGCUGCAGUUUUGCAAAGGUCUGGAGGAUCUGGAAGACGACUUGUUGCAUGCAGAAAGCAAUUUGUUUCAGAAAGAUCCUUCAAGAAGUCCUUCAGUCCUUAACGGGGAGAGAGAGGAGGAUCUCUGACCAUGGCUUUCUGAAAACAAGACAAGACAAGACAAGACAAGAAAGACAAGACGAUCAAAAGAAGAUUCUGUCAGUGUUUGGAAGCCACAGUUCUGCAAGACUGAUACUGCUGAGACGCUACAGCUACAGCUCACUCUGAAGACGCUGAACUGUAAGGAAGUGCAAGACUGGAAGACUGGAGACUUGUUGCAGUUACACAGUCUACUCUCUGCAAAAAUCUGAAGAAGCAAUACAAAGAAAGGCAUACGAAGACUCAGAGACUGUAACUAUUAACUAACUAGUCCACCAUGUCCCUGGACGUGAAAGAGAAGACGCAGGUUCGUCUGGUGUUCAUGGGAGCCGCCGGCGUGGGCAAGACGGCACUCAUCCACCGCUUCCUAAAGGAUUCCUUCGAACCCAAGCAUCGGCGCACCGUGGAGGAGCUCCACAGCAAAGAGUACGAGAUUGCAGGGGUGAAGGUGACUUUGGAGAUCAUGGACACGAGUGGCAGCUAUUCCUUUCCAGCCAUGCGCAAGCUGUCCAUCCAGAGCAGCGACGCCUUCGCCCUCGUCUACGCCGUCGACGACCCCGAGUCCCUAGACGUGGUGAAGAGUCUGCGGGACGAGAUCAUGGAGGUCAAGGAGGACAAGUUCACGCCCAUUGUAGUGGUGGGAAACAAGACGGACAAGACGGAGCGGAAGGUGCAAGCUGACGACGUCCUGUCCAUGGUGGAGCUGGACUGGAACAAUUCGUUUUUGGAGGCUUCUGCAAAGGAGAACGAGAACGUGGUGGAGGUGUUCAGAGAGCUGCUUCAGCAGGCUAACCUGCCAAGCCGACUGAGUCCAGCCCUGAGGCGGCGCAGAGAGACCUUUCCCAAAGACACAGACUUUCGGCCACCUAUGAACAAGACCAACAGCUGCACGGUGUCUUAAAAUGGUAGUUUGAAGAAGUAAUCAAACGAAUUUGCACAAUUUUACCUCUUUAUUUCUGACAGCAAAGACAUGUUUGGUGUUCCAAUUUGCUUAUUUUCUAGAUUUGCGCUGGAGUUAUGAGGCUAAUGUAGAAAACAAGAGCAUUUUAUGUAAACUGCAUGCCUAAAAUCAUUAUCAAACACUCAUUUAACAUACUGGUGUGGUGAUAUUUUGUAUUCUGUAAAACCCAAAAACGUAGACAGACAUUUGCCCAUGCAAUUGAAUUGAAACUAUUGGAAAUAAAUUUGAUGUACAAUAGAAUAGCCUUGAAGCUUCAGAACAAAACUGGACACCAAACAUGAUUUUUGCCAGGUAAAGACAUACAGAGGAAGGGGAAGUUGGUGCAAAUUUGUUUUUGAUUAUCUAUAUGUUUUAAUGGAGCUUGAAGAUAAGAGCAGAUGCAGAGAAGGUUAGGGGGGCGUUCCCGAAUGCUUGGAAAGGCGGCAGUUGUUGUAGAGGACAUUCCUGGACGGGAUUCCCAUCCGCUAAUCUGCUACAGCAGAACAACAGGUGAUGCUGAAGCUAAACAGAGCAGCUGAAAAUAUACAUAUAAAACCUUUCAAGUUCCAUCUCUGCUUUCUAACUGCAGGUGAGAACGUACCAGUGAAGAUAUGAAGAUUAAGAGUAAAAUGAAUGAAUCGUAAUGUAAAGGACUGAAAAAGGAGACUGCAGUAAAUGACUAUAGAUCAAUGUCUUAAUUCUUAUAUGUUUGUUUGUUUUUUUGCAACAUGUCACUUUGUAACAAAAGCACAAUGCUGUAUAUUCUGACAGCACAAUGAUAUCUAUAUAUGGUGUCUAAUAGACUGAAAAGUAGAUUUUUAUGAUUUCCACAAUCCACUGUCUGAAACUGCCAUUAUGUUUACAACAAUAGGGUCUUGUACAUAAAGUCCAUAUGUUCAUUUAAGCAUGACUUGUGUAAUGUCAGUAAUUUCAGUAAUGCUAUCAUGCACUUUCAUUAUUUUUGUAUGUAUGUGUAAAAUAUUGUUUGUUUGUUCGUUUUUUUUAUUUUUACAUCAGUUGUGCAAUGUACGCUACCAUGUAACAAAUGUCUAUAAAAUAAAAAUAAAAAUAUAAUUUCUAAAAGAA